CAACUUUUUCGGUCACUUGCACCAAGCUUUAGCUCAUCUGAGUAUAGAUUUUGGAGCUUUCGAUACCGAUUACAAAUUCAAUUUUCAAAGUAACCUCAUCUUUCUGAGCCGCAUCGUAUUGUUUAUUUUAUUCUUUGCGUGGUCUGCAUAAUACGACUUUUCAAAAUGAUGUUCUAUAUGCUGGCUAUAGAUGUUAUUCUAUAUUUCCUGCUCUUGCCCGAUUUUUCUGUAUGGGCUUUCUUGCUUUUCAAGUUGGUGCUCAUCAAUCAACCGCUGACGAGGAUUGGAGUUGUUUUGUUAAAUGCCGUAGCCAAGUGGUAUAUAUAUCCAUACUUGGAGGAAUGGGUUGCCUUACAGGAAGCGAAAUUGAACUCGGAAAAACUUUAAUUUCUUUAUGAAAGAAAUGCAAGAAUGAUUUGAAGAAAACUAAUGUACUACUUUAUAAAGAAGGUUUUAUAGAUAAUUGUUUCCUAAGGUGUUUAUCAUUGCAAAAUUC